AUGAAACCACCAAAAGGUUACACUGGAGGAAAGGAGGGGCAAGUAUGUAGGCUGAAAAGAAGCUUAUAUGGUCUGAAGCAAGCUUCUAGGCAAUGGAAUCUAGAACUUACCAAGUUCUUCAUUGAGCAUGGCUAUACACAAUCCAAAAGAGAUUAUUCAAUGUUCUCUAAAAUUGAAAAUGGAAAGCAGACAAUUGUGCUAGUUUAUGUUGAUGAUCUUCUUGUCACUGGAGAUGACACAAAUGAGAUGAAAAAGCUCAAAACAGAACUUGACAAUGCCUUCACUGUGAGGGAUCUUGGAGAGAUGAGAUAUUUUCUUGGGAUAGAAGUUUCAAGAAGUCCAAAAGGAACCAUGUUAAAUCAAAGAAAGUUCACUCUUGACAUACUGAAAUCAACAGGGACUGAGGACUGUAAACCUGCAAAGUUCCCCUUUCCCAAAGGGAUCAAAUUAUCAAUUGAUCAAGGUGAACUACUAGAAGAUCCUGAAAUAUAUAGAAGAAUCAUUGGAAGGUUGUUGUACUUGAAUCUGACAAGACCUGAUAUUUCCUAUAGUGUGCAGCAAUUGAGUCAGUUUAUGUGUGAGCCAAGAAAACCACACUUGCAGGCUGCUAUCCAUGUGGUAAAGUACUUGGCUGGUACAAUUGAUUGGGGUUUAUACUACCCUGCUGAUUCUGAAGUAAAGCUAAGCUCAUUCUGUGAUUCAGAUUGGGGAAACUGUGCCUUUAGUUCAAGAUCUCUCACUGGAUACUGUGUUUUCUUAGGAAAAUCACUAGUGUCUUGGAAAACAAAGAAGCAAAAGACUGUGUCAAAGUCAUCAACAGAAGCAGAAUAUAGAUAUGUCAUUGAAGAUGCAACAAAUGAGAAAUGUUGUGUGCAGGUGCUACAGUAUCUGAUAGCUAAAGCAGAUGCGGAAAUUCAUGAUCUUGAAGACGAACUGGCUAUGAAGUGGGCUGAAUCAGAUGAGCAGAAGGAUCCCUAA